AUGCUACCACUAUCGUGGGUUCUCUACCCAAUCUUGCUAGUCUUGGGCUUUCUGUUGAAUACAGCUCAAACUGAAGAAGUGACCCUCGGUUAUCGAACGGUUAGCCCGGAGGAAGCCGCAUUUACCAAUAUUUGGCGCAAACCUAGCCCUGAAAAUUUCGACGCCCCGUUGCCUCACCAGUUAGGUGACGACCAUUUUUACAUGACAAACGUAUCUCCUGGCGAGGCAUUUCUCCCUGAUGAUUGGUACUGUAUUAUCAAAGCGGAUGUUAAAGCUCUGAGUACUGUCGGCAAAAUAUGGAUUCCUGAAUACUACCCAGUGGCUAGACCAGGAGGACGUUUCAGACUGCGUAUGUUGUGGGGAAACCUCGAAAGACGCAUCGUAGACUACAUCCGGAUGUUCUUACCAAACCCCGAGAGGGCCUUACGCUUUUCAUGGGUUCAAUUUUUCAACGUUUUGCACGAACCGUUAUUGCAGAUGGUCAUUCCAACUCAAUUGCUAAGAGAAGAUACGUUGCGUUUAUGGGCUUAUUGCGUUCCUACAGCCGAAAUGAUGUUAAACUAUUCGAGAGUAACGGUUGAUUGGCCGACAUGGAAUAUUGAAGGAGAACCUGGGGAAGCACCUAUUUCAAUAGAACUAAUAGACUAG